GUUCAAUCUCCAGUGGGCCACAAAGAAAAGGCCUCCAGACUAUACUAUAUAGUUAGCGUCAGCUCUUCAAGCAAUCUACGGCGCUUGCUAUAGUACUACACCUAGUACCGACUGACUAUACCUAUACCCUCAAUUCAUGGCACGAGAAACCACUCCACUCCUCGAAAAUGACGGCCCACCAGCUACAGGGAACGCGGCCGAAGAGACCCUCACAUUGGUCCGUUCGUCAACCUCGCUGGUUCUAGUGUCCUACCUUCAAUUUUCUCUUCCCUUUGCGGGGCUCCUCUUUGUGGGUCGACUCGGGAUCGACGAGCUCGGGGCUGUCAGCCUCGGGGCUAGUAUCACCAACAUCACCGCAUACGGGGUCUAUCAAGGACUGUGUUCCGGGCUGGACACCCUCGGGGCCCUCGCCUACGGGAUGCGGCGGUGGGAUCUGGCCACCCUGUAUCUGAAGAUGACGCUCAUGCUUCUGACGAUCGUGAGCUGCCCGGUGGGCCUGGGAUGGUGGCAUAGUCAAUCCAUCUUGCGGACGAUGGUGUCGCCGAAAAUCGCCGCUCUCACCUCGCAGUACCUCCGGGUCUCGUUGCUGAGCCUGCCGGGCCAUGCAGGAUUCGAGGCCGGCAAGCGCUUCCUGCAGAGCCAGGGGAUCUUCCACCCGCCAAUUGUGGUCCUCUGUUGUGCGGUCCCGGUCAAUCUCGCGUUGCAUUGGUGGUUUGUCUAUCGGCUGCAGUGGGGAUUUGUCGGGGCGCCGGUCUCUGCAGCACUGUCAGACACCAUGCUUGGGGCAGGUCUUCUGGCCCAUGCCACAUACCUCCGUCCCAUCAGCCGAUGUUGGCAUGACGACGAUGACUCCGCCUCUUCGUCAUCGUCUCCAAAUUCAUUGCCCCGCGCGGGGGCACAUUGGCCGAGGCUACUCCGCCUCGCGCUGCCGGGCUCGAUCACGGUGCUGGCGGAGUAUCUGACAUUCGAGCUGCUGACGGUCGGGGCGGGGAAGCUGGAUGCGACGCGGCUGGCGGCGCAGAGCGUGCUCAAUGGGACGGUGGCUGUGGCGCUGCAGCUCACCUUUGCGAUUGCGAGCGCGACGACGCUGCGUGUGGCGACGCUAAUGGGCCAGAAUCGCCCGCGUCGUGCCCAGCUACACAUGCGCGUCGCGCUGACGACCGCGGUCGUGGUGGCACUGCUCAACCUCAGCGUGCUCCUGACGGGGCGGUACUGGAUCUCCCGGCAGUUGUGCACUUCGGUCGAGGUGCAGACCCUGGUGGUGCGGACCAUGCCCUUCUGCGCGCUCCUGCAGAUCGUCUAUGCUACCGCGGAGUGGGCCAAUGGGGUAAUGAAGGGACUCCAGAUGCAGCAGACUGCCGGAGUUCUGUCUCUGGUCUGUCACUAUACGAUUGCAAUCCCCACUUCGUUCGUCGCGGGCUUACUGUUGAAAGGCGGUCUGGUGGGUCUGUGGCUCGGCCCCAUCAUUGGGAUGACGAUGCAGGUCUUGACUCAUUCGCCUUCCGCCAGACGAAUAGCGAGUGGCGACGGAGAUGAAGCUGGUGGCAGUGGAUGCUUGAGGUCAAAGCGGCAGGUUACACGCAGCAAAAGCCCUCUCCGCCCCCAGCAGAUGAACCUGAAACGCCUCGCUCGCAAUGAAGAUAUCCAGGGACACCCCAAUCGCAUACACCUCGGAAAGCUGUCGGAGGAGUGCCCUGCCCUGCGCGCCGAGUCGGUCCCGUUGUUUCUGGACGAUUGCGAGCGCGUGUUCGGCCUGCAGUAG